CACUUCAUAACGAUUUGUUGGGAGAGUGAACGCAGACAUAGGAGAACACCGGGCUCCCAUUUGGUACCUAAGUCUCAGAAGUCAGCUAGAGAGGGCUGGAGACCAAGGCAAGGGCUCAGAGCAACAGGCUACUCAUGGGGCUGGCACCUUCUGUCCAUCUAGGGCUUCGGCCAGCAGAAUAGACCCCCAGAUCCGUGGCCCUGGGUCAGACUUGCCCCACGGGUGGGUUUGUGGCCGGGAUGAGGCCACCACCACCGAGCUGACUUCCUGGGUUUCUCUUUCAGUUUGACUUGCGCCAGGAGGGGCCAUGAUACCUAACUUUUUUUUUUUUUUUUUUAGUCUUUUAAGUCUUCUUUCUUACUCAGCUUCAACAUGUUCAGGGGCGAGGACGGGGUGGCUGGCAGAAGUUCAUCUGGUCCUGCAGGCCACUGCGUGGGCUCAAUGGAGCAGGCGUGGGCCAGGCUGGUCCCCCUCCUUCUGCUCCUGCUCCCAGGGCGAGGCGCUGAAGCCUGCAGUACCAGUGGGUGCUGUUUUCAGGACCCGCCGUAUCCGGAUGCAGACUCAGGCUCGGCUUCAGGCCCCAAGGACCUGACCUGCUACCGGAUAGUCAGCGCUGGUUAUGAAUGUUCCUGGAAGUAUGAGGGCCCCACGGCUGGGGUCAGCCACUUCCUGAGGUGCUGCCUCAAGUCCGAGCACUGCUGCUACUUUGCUGCGGGCUCAGCCACCAGCCUGCAGUUCUCUGACCAGGACGGCGUAGCUGUGCUCCAACUUGUCACGCUCUGGGUGGAAUCUCGAGCCGAGAACCAGACGCAGAAGUCGCCUAAGAUCACCCUGAAGCUUCAUAGCACAGUUAAAUAUGACCCUCCGUCAGCCAGAGACAUCACCAUGUCUGGGUCCGCGGGGCAGGUGCUCUUGAAGUGGGAGACCCCAGCCCGCCAGGAUGGCGCCGAGGUGCAGUUCCGGCACAGGACAGCCGGCAGCCUGUGGAAGUUGGGCAACUGCGGACGUCAGGAGGAUGCUGGCUUCGAGUCCUGCCUCUGCCCCCUGUGGACGGAUGCAGCCCAGGAAUUCCAGCUACGCAGGCGGCGACUCAGGCCGGGAGCCCCAGGAGACCCCUGGAGCAGCUGGAGCAGCCCCGUGUGUGUCCCCCCUGAACAUCCCCCAAAGCCCACCUUGAAGUUCUCGGUGGAGGCGCUCCGUCCACAUGGGAGGAGGCAGGUCACCCUGCACGGGCAGCUGCCCCAGCUUGAGCUUCCAGAAGGCUGCCUCGGGUCCAACUCUGGCGGGGAGGUGACCUACCGCGCCCGCCUGCACAUGCUGUCCUGCACGUGUAAGACCAAGUCCACAAUGACCUUUCAGCUGAGGAAACCGCUCAAUCUCUCUGGCGCGGCCUAUGACCUGGCUGUUGUUUCCCAGAAUCGCUUCGGCCCCGGCCCCAACCAGACGUGGCACAUUCCUGCCCAAACCCACACCCACACAGAACCAGGGGCUCUGAAUAUCAGUGUGGGAGCCGACGGGACCACCAUGCACUGGCCAGCCCAGGCCGGGGCCAAGACAUAUUGCAUUGAGUGGCAGCCCCAGGGCCAGGACAGGAACCUUACCCACUGCGCACUGACUCCGCCCCAGGACCCGGACCCUACCGGAAUGGCAACCUACAGCUGGAGCAGAGGACCUAUGGAGCAGAAGGUGUGUUACCACAUCACGAUCUUUGCCUCUCCACGCCCAGAGAAGCCCAUCUCGUGGUCCACGGUCUUGUCCACCUAUCACUUUGGGGGCGAUGUGCUAGUUGCAGCCUCGGGGGCCGGACGCCCACAACACGUGUUGGUGAAGAAGCUCAGCCAGGACUCCGUGUCUGUGGACUGGACACCAUCCCCGCUGAGCACUUGCCCGGGGGUCCUGAAGGAGUACGUCGUGCGCUACCAGGAUGAGGAGGGCAACCUCAUGUCUGAGCUGCCCGUGAAGCCCACAGAGACCCAGGUCACCCUUGGUGGCCUUCGGGCUGGCACAGCCUACACCGUGCAGGUUCGAGCAGACACAGCGACACUGCAGGGCGCCUGGAGUCAACCCCAGCCAUUCAGCAUCGAAGUCCAGGUUUCCCGGUUGUUCGAUUUGUCCAUACUCCUCGUAUCUCUGGGGAGCUUCGCCAGCAUCCUUCUCCUGGGCGUCGUUGGGUACCUCAGCCUGAACAGGGUUGUGCGGCACCUGUGCCCACCCCUGCCCACACCCUGUGCCAGCACUGUGAUCGAGUUCCCUAGCAGCCAGGGCAAGCAGGCUUGGCAGUGGGCAAGCCCCGCAGACUUCCCAGAGGAGGUGUCCCUGAAAGAGGCCUUGGUGGUGAACACGUCCUGGGAAAAAGGAUACCUGUCAUUGCAUUUAAGGAACCUGGAGUCCAGGAUGAUCUUGUCUCCAGAUCUAUAACUCAUGACAUCUGCAGGGACCCUUGUAAAAACGGGACCAAGUAAAUUUGAAGAUCUAAUUGGACUUAUCAAGCCAUGCAUGGAUGGGGCAGCAUCACACCUUGCAAGUAGAGGGGAGCUCUGAGGAGUUGUACAAAAUGGAUGGUUUUUACCGGAAGGAGGAUGGGGUAAGACAGUUAUCAGCAAAAGAAAAGAAAGGGUUAUUCCAGGCAGGGCCACCUUCCCUUAGGGAGAAGAGCAGGGGGACUGGUUAGGUGGAUUAUCUCUUCUUCCUUUGGGGGGUGGGAUGGAGAGGGCCCACAUGUCAGACAGCUCACUGGUGCUGAUCAGAAAAUUCCCGGCUGACUGGUUAAGACUUACAUCCUGGGGGAGGUUGAAACUGCAAUUAGGUUAGGUAUUAAGCCCCUUUGUGGUGACUUGGCCGAGGUGAAACCAUUUUGGGCCUGUGGUUUUCUUUUUAACACUCUUUAAGGUCAUGUUCCAAGGUUCUGGGUAGACAUUGGGGGCCACAAUCUAACAUUCUCCAGGCAGGUAUUAUCAGUGCUACUUUAGGGGAAACUGAGGCACAGAGCGAUCAGGUUGCUGAUCUGAAGGGCUAGGAUUUAAACCCUGGCUGUCGGGAGACUGAAUCUAUUCGCUUCACUGCCAAGUCCUUGCCAGAAGCUGGGGACACAGAGGCAAACAAGAAUUGGCAGCAUCAGGGACAUGACCUGUGAACCUCAGGCUGAUGGAUGUUCAGUGUGUUAGGGUGUGAUCUUAAAAUGAAGGGUCCCCCGAAGUGGGCUGCAUGGUGUCCUCCAAAAGACAUAUCCACCCAGAACCCUGUGAAUGUGACCUUAUUUGGAAAUAGGGUCUCUGCAGAUUUCAUUAAGAUAAGGAUCUCGAGAUAUGAUCAUCCUGGAUUAGGGUGGACCAUAAAUCCAAUGAUGUGUCCUUAUAAGAUAAGAGAAAGGUGGGGGAAGAUCUGAGACCAGAGAAGGCCAGGUAAAAUGAAAGCAGAGACUGGGCCCAAAGACUGAGUUUUUGGUAUGAAGUGAUGUAAGGACCCAAGUGAAUUGUUUUCAACAUGGACUCUCACUUCAGAGAUUCUUUUAUAGAAUAGUCUCCCUUCCCCACUGCUGGGAUAGAUCUUCUCCAUCUUGCAGCAAAUUCCUGACCUGCACAGAGUGUCUGUGGGCAUUUAAUUCCAGUCCAUUGGUCAACCUGUCUCUCCCUGUGCCAAUAUCCCUCUGACUUAAUUGCAAGCUUUGUCAUGGGUUCCCAUAUCUGGUAGGACAGGUAACACCGCCUGUUCUGUGUAAGUGUUCUGACUAUUUGUAAUUGUCAGCUCUUCCAGGUAAAUGUUUGAAUCAUUUUAUCAAGUUCCCAAGGGAAAACCCCUGCUGUGACUUUGAUUGGGAUGGCGUUAAAACUUCAGAUGGGGGAAAAAAACCCAAACCUUCAGAUGGGGAGAAUCAGCAUCCUUUGAGCCUUAGCCUCCCCAUCCAUGAAUAUGGUACAUCCACCAUCCCUCUUGCUUCCUUGGGAUCUCUCUCU